AUGUACGUGUGUGUGUUUGUAUGCUUUGCAACGAAAGCCGUCCAUUUAGAACUUGUUAGUGACCUUAGUGCUCAGGCAUGCAUUGCAGCUCUGAAACGAUUCAUAGGACGACGAGGAAAGCCCGCUGAAAUAUUCAGUGAUUGUGGAACGAACUUUAUCGGUGCAAAGAAUUACUUAAAAGGGUGUACAAUGGAGUCACUUGUUACGUACUUGACCAACGAAGGCGUUAAAUGGACAAUGAAUGUUCCAUCAGCCCCUCAUUUUGUAGGCCUAUGGGAGGCUGCCGUUAAAUCCAUGAAGUUUCACAUGAGACGUGUUAUAGGAUCGCAGAUCCUCUCACAAGAAGAAUUUUCAACUUGUCUAGUGGAGAUUGAAGCCAUACUUAACUCCCGUCCUUUAGUGGCUGCUUCUAAGGACCCAAAUGAUUUUUCUGUCAUUACACCGGGUCACUUUAUUAUCGGUUCCGAGUUAAAAAGUGUUCCUGAGCCUGACAUAACAAAUGAGAAAGUUCCCAUCCGUGAACGGUGGAAAUUAGUCACACAGAUUUCCCAAUCGUUUUGGAAAUCGUGGUCAAAAGACUACUUAACUCAGUUGCAAGUGCGCAACAAGUGGAAACUUCCCAGUGCUGAUUUACGUGUGAAUGACUUGGUGCUAACCAAGGAUGAGAACUUGCCGCCACUUAAGUGGAAGAUGGCAAAAGUAAUUUGCACUUAUAAGGGAACUGACCAAAGAGUAAGGUCAGUCAACUUAAAAACUGCGUCGGGUGAAAUGAAAAGACCAAUACAUAAACUGGUCAGACUUCCUAUAAAUAACUGA